AUGGCGUCCAAGGAGCCCGAGCCUCAGGGCAAAGACAAGGGCAACCCCGUCCAGGAGGACGAGAACGAGGAGGAACAGGAGGUCCAGGAGAGGUUCUCACCCGAGGAAGAGGCGUCCCUCCUGGCCGAGUCUAACGCCAGCAAGACGGCGGCCAACGCCCUCUUCUCCUCGUUAAAGUACGACGAGGCCAUCGCCAAGUACCACGAGGCUGUUGCCGCCUGCCCCAACUACCUCGACUACGAGCUCGCCGUGCUGCGCUCCAACAUCUCCGCCUGCCACCUCAAGCUCUCGCGGUGGAAGGACGCCGUCUCGAGUGCCACCGCCGCCCUUGACGGCCUCGAUCGCAUCGACAAGGAGGCCGCGCUCGAGAGGGAGCGCCGCGAGAAGGACAAAGCCGCCGCCGCCGCUGCCGCUGCCGCCGAGAAAGAGGGCAAGGACGACGACGACGACGACGACGACGACGACGACGACGUGGAGGAGGAGAUCGUCAGCGCCGGCGCAAGCAAGGCCGCGCCCGCACCGCAGCCGCCCAGAGACGAGAAGGAGGAGGAGGAGGAGGCAGCCCGCCGCCGGCGCGCCGAGGACGUCCUCCGGAUCCGCGCCAAGGCGCUGAUGCGCCGGGCGAGGGCGCGCAGCGAGGAAGGCGGCUGGCAGAGCCUCGCCGGCGCCGAGGAGGACUACCGCGCGCUGGCGGCCAUGCCGAACCUGGCGCCCGCGGACCGCAAGAUUGUCCAGGCGCAGCUGCGCGCGCUGCCGGUGCGGACAAAGGCCGCGCAGGAGAAGGAGACGGCCGAGAUGUGGGGGAAGCUGAAGGAUCUGGGCAACGGCAUCCUCAAGCCUUUCGGGCUGAGCACGGACAACUUCCAGAUGGUCAAGGACGAGAAGACCGGAGGCUACUCGAUGAACUUCAACCAGGGCCGGUAA